CCUAGAAGGUGAACGCGGAAGGAGAGGAUCAACUUUUAACUUUGAAAAUCACGUGAAAUAAAGAUUUUCAUGCCGCAGAACUGAAUCACAAUAACAAUUUCAUCAUGGGCCUGUGUAGUAGACUGUCCCACUGUAAACUGGCUCUGGCCUUUGCUGUGUUUAUGGAUUUAGUGGGUGGAACCGCCCUGCUGGUGGGAGUCUUCGCCCCUAUGGAGAUGAAAGGUCAAGACUUUGGAGACUUGCUGGUCUAUACAGGGGCCCUGUUCGUGCUGAUGUCGCUGGGCGGAUGGGUGCUGUGGUACAGCGGAAACAUCGAUGGCCUGAAGUCCAGGAAGGAGCUGGGACACAUCAGCAGCGCCGUCGACCGGCUGGCUCUCAACCUCAGCCGCAAGAUCCGCACCUACCGAGGCCACCACUAA